UAACCUGCGUGGUUUCCAUGGUGAUUAACAGUUCACUGUAAACCGAAGAGGCAGUCUUGCUGGCUUGGUUCGGGAACUGAAAGAAAUACUGAAACUUUUGAUUCUUUGUUUGAAUUUUCUUAAGUAUCGCGAUAAAAUGUCGAGCUUAGCUGAGGCUGUGUUGGAGGAGAUGAGCUGGGACAGACGCUACGCCGUCCCGGGGCUCAACGAGGAGGAUAAAGCCCUUAUAGAAAUGAUUCUUAAAAAGGAAAAACAGCUGGUCGAAGUACGUGCGAGAGCUGAAACUAAGAAGGAACAGAGGAAGCUGAUAGAAUUAAAACUCCAACAUGCCAGACAAGAGAUGGAAAACACUGAGGCUCUGCUGAAGGCAAACGAAAAAGAGCUUGAGUUUGAACAGCAUCUAACCGCACUUGCAGAGAGAGAAUCGGGUCAUCUGGCUCAGCUGACUACAAGGACUGAGAAAGAGCUGAGGUCCACCAAAGAGAAGGCAGAAAUGAUAGAGGAGAAAUUGUCUGAAGCCCAAGAGAAGAUUGAGAGGUUUAGGCAGCAGAUGCAGUGGGACCAGCAGGCCAUGGAGGCUUUCCUGAUGGAGUCAGCACAGAAAGAGGAGGAUACGAUGGCCAUGGUCAAGAAUUCCCAGCAAAAUAGGCAGAAAGUUAAGUCGCUCACCUUGGCUAUAGAGAAGAAACGGCUGGAACUUAAUAAAAACCGCAAAGCCUAUGAGAAGGAGCUGACAGAAACGACAUCUGUGGAGGUUGCUUUAAAAACAGUGAGAGACAACAUGCAACAGGUUCACCAGGACAAUCAGCAGCUCAUCCAGAAAUGGGAAAACACAGUAAAGCAGAUGAAGCGGCAAGACACCGAGAUGCAACAGUGCGCGCUGGAACUUGCGCAGGCUAACCAGGAGGUUAGGGAGAAGAAUGCUGCCAUUGCAGACCUGAAUCAGCUGCUGCAGACGCUGCAAAACAACAACAAGGAAACAGAGAAAAAAAUGACUCUGACAAACAGACGGGCUGCAAAACUGCAGCAGGACCUGAAGGGGGAGGAGAACAUCUGCAUGAAGCUGCAAGAACAGCUGGAUAAUUGCAAACACGAACUGGACAAUAUAAACUCGGGUGUGAGGGCGCUGUCUGGCCUUGUGAGCAAAUCCAAGAAAGAGCUUCAAGAGAAGAAAGACAAAGUGCACACUGCAGAGGCCUACAACGCAGCACUGAAAGAGAAGCUGGCCAAGGUUAGCCAGGCUGCCGAGCAGGACCAAGUUGCUGAGAUGGAGCAGAUCCUUCGGGAAGGGGAAAAGGCCAUCAAGGAGGUGGAUGCUCAUCAACGUUUCCUCAUGGGGGAACUGUUCGCUCAAAAGGAGCAACUGAAAGUGUUGAAGGGGAAGCAGAAGGAAUCCACGGUGCUCAUUUCAGGGGCUAAAGUCAACAUCAGCGCACUGAAAAACCGGCUUGGAAAACUCAAUACGGACACAAGAGACAAGGAAUCCAUCUUAAUCACUCAGGAGAGAGAGCUAAUGCAGCUGAAAAUUAAACUGAGGAGGCUGCAGGGCGAAAUUCCUGUGGACGAAAAGGAAAUGCUGAACGCAAAGCUUGCUGAGCUCACCAAAGAUCUGGAGGAGAAGAAAGAGAUGGACAGAAUGAUGAGCAGAGAGGUCAAGGAGGGCGAGCACCAAAUCUGGUGUUUCAGGAAGACCCUGGAGAAAUCGGAGGCUAGGCAGAGAGAAAUGCUGGAGGAAGCAGAGGGGCUCAGGAUACUUUGUGAGGCCAAUGAAAAGGAGCUGAAGAGAGUUUCUCUGAGGAAACAGAACACAAUCCUGGAGCACAAAAUGCUGCAGCUGGAGGUGAACCGUAAAAGGGAGCUGCUGGAUAAAAAGGAGGACAGUGUGCAGUCCUUAGAGAAGAGGAAACUAGAGCUGCAGACAGCCAUGAAAGAGAGAGACGAGGAGAUUAAGUUGUUCUUAAAUCUGAUCAAGAAGCAGCUCAAGAACAGCGAGAAGGAGAAGAACAAGCUGAAUGUUGAACUCAAUGAGAAGCUAAUGAAGAUCGAGCAGCUGAAGAUCCGCUUCGAGAUCCUGGCCCUUUCCAUUGGGGCGCCUGAAGGCCAGGCUGAAAAAGUGCAGGCUCACUGCAUCACAAAGGCCGCACUCGAGAAGGAAGAGCUCAAGCAGAAGAAAAACGAUCUGGACGCUGAAGUUCACAAGAUGGAGCUGGAAACUAAAGCUCUGGACAACACCAUCAUGGUGUUCAACCACCUCAACUCCCAUUUACGGAAAUCCCUCCUUACAGUUGACAAGUCAAGCCCAGAGUAUCUAGAAAAACUCCAGCUGGAGGAGCAGCUGAAUGCCACUCAGAUGACCAUCCAAUUUAAGAAACAGCAAAUGCAAGAACUCCAACAAGACUUAGAGGACAUGGAGUCUUCCCUCAAAAGUUUGCCUCAAAACAAGCAAGUGGAAAAAGGCAAGAUAGACCAUAAACAGUCCAUCAUCACUAAGCUGAAGAAAGAAAUGGCUGCUAUGCAAGAGAAAAUAGACAGAACCACUAAAGAGUGUUCAAAGCUGACCAAAAAGAUCCGCUCGGCAAAGAUGACCAAAGCGGAGACUUUUGAAGAGAAAGACAUCAGGCUGGUGGAGCUGAAGGAAGUGAACAAAAAAGUCAACAGGAUGUUGAAUGAAGCCAUGGAGGACCAACCUGACCUCAGAGGAGUGCUGGAGAAACACUUCCAGCAGGCUGGUCGGCCUCUUCCACCUCCUCCCUCUGGGUCCACCAGUCACCGGAGCUCAGCUUCUCACAGGUCGUCUGUGUCCUCGAGCACUCUAAGCCGAGGGGCUUUGAGGAGUGCCUCCCUCAGUGUGAAGGCUUUGGAUCUGCAACUGGAUUUGCCUGCAGCUUUCUCUCCAACCUCCUCCAUGGAAUGCUCCAGCCCUGCAAGCAGCAAGAAGUCGGGCAGAUCCAGUCUGUCAUCAAACUGAACAAAGCAAACAUGAAUCAAUUUUUUUAUUAGGUUUAUGACUUUAGAGCUAAAAGAUUAAUACAUUUUAAGUGUUUGUUGUGAGGAGCGUCCAUAUUGAGGCUCAUUUGUUAAAGUUCUGUUGCUGUUAUUGAGUCAAAAAUUGUGAAAAAAGUCAAUCAAACUGGUACGUGAUGUCUUAUGUAAAUUACGUUAAUGUUUUUUUGUUUAAUGUUAAGACAACAAGAUUUCGUGUGAGUCUGACACCUCUUCAGCUGCUCUGCAUAAUCUCAGUUCAGCUGAGAACAUUAUUUAUAAUGCUGCAGGAGUUUGUGCUCAUCCAGCUGCAGCUUCAAACCAUGAUGCUGUAGGUUAGACGACCAGUCAGGUAAAUAAUGAGGGUUGUUUUCCAAAAGCACCAACGCUAACUUCAACAGUUUUUGGGUGUAAUGGAUGUGUUACUGAGACGUUCAGUUCCACAGCUGUAUAGGAGCCGUCUUCUGCUCCACCUCACACCUGCAGCAGCCUCUGCAGGUGUGAGGUGGAUCAUGCAUAUUUCAUCUCCUUUUCUCACAGCACUUCACCCAGGUUUCCUUAUACUUUGUGUUAGUAUUUUAAUGUAACCCUACAGUUUUCAUCGUUUUCUAUUUCAUAGCACAAAUAAAACCACAAUCCACAGGUCCACAGUACAAGAAUAUACUCUAUAUAUAAUUUACCUUUUCCUUUAAUUAAGAUAUAUAGGAAUCUGCAGAUAUGGUAGAUUGUGUUUAUUGACUGUGAUUUCUGGAGGUGUUUCUCAUUUCUUCAAGAGGAAUGAGAGGUGCAGUCUCCCUGGAGAACCAGAUGGCAAGAGACAACCAAUAAAAGCAGCUUGUCUUGUCCCUCACGCACAAA